AAAAUACAGCUGAAAUUUUCACAAAACAAUUUUUGUCUUUGCAUAAACAUAAAGGGCUUGUAGAAAAGCGUUAAAAAGAGACAUUACAAGACAUAAAACCUACAUUAUACACUGUGUAGCCACCCGUAACGAUAUUUCUGAAUACACUUUACAUUCUAGUAGUGUUUUACACAAAAUUAAAGUGUUUUAGGUAAUAAUGAGUGCUAUAGCGCAACAAGAGUCUCUCGUUAAGGAGAGUUUAUUUCAGUUCAUUGUAAAACACGUCCCGAAUGCGGAUUUAAGUGUGAUUGAUGAUAUUGUGCUCUCGUAUGUGAUUUCGAUUCUAGAAGAAGCAUCCCAGGACCCCUGUUUCGAUGUGGAAGGGUUUAUAGAGAUGAUGUCAGCAUACGUACCAGAAUUCGCUCACAUGGAUGCUGGUGUCGUCUGCUCUUGGGUUCUGGAGCUGGAGGCUGAGCUGUCGCGAAGAGAUGACACAGAUUCUCUAUCAAACCAUGAUGAUUCUGCUGGCAGCGAUAAAAUUAGUCUAACUCUACAGAACUUAAGUGAAAUGUUACCACCUGUUACUAAGAAUAACCGUUCUCACUCAAACUCUGAGUCUUCGGAGAGUGCUGAGGGCGGGCGGCGGUCCUUACUGGAGGGAGAUGAGCAUGCUGAGCAGUGUCGAGCACUUGCAGAGAUGUUCCCAAAUUCCUGUGCUAUGGAGAUCAAGCACUGCGUGUCGAUAGCUCAGGGCGACGUAGAGCGAGCGGCGGCCACCCUGCUGCACCGGCGCGAGCAGGGCCAGGCGCUCUCCGCCGCCGCGCUGCACUCCGCCGCGCGCCAGCCGCUCUGCGACGACCACGAGCUCAAGAACAGGAUCAUAGCCAGAUAUUCCUACGUUGAUAAGAACGCUGACCAGAAGGAACACAAACCGCUCGCUCCCAAGAUUGAGCCUAAGAAGAUGGUUCGCUAUAGGGACAACAAGAUUGUAUCGCUUAAGGGCGAGCGGUAUACUGAGGUCCCCAAAUCUGGGAUUGACGAGGAACACUUGAAGAAACCCAAAAAACAGCAUUGCCCUUAACCAUUAAAACCACGUCAGUACAGUGGACAAGCGGAGCCCGCGCGCGACCCCCUAUGUCCCCAUCCAGACCCCUUUAACCCCCAUUAUACCCCUAGAAAUCCCACUACCUUUGCGCUUAGAAAAGCCAGUAACUGUAGUCCCUAUGACCCCAUUCCCAGUAGCCCCGUCCCCUGUGACCCCACUAAGUAUAAGCUCGUUGUAAGUGACCCCCGUAGUCCUCUCCCCAGUGACAGUAGCCCCGCACGCCCGCGACCCCGAGCGGACCCCAGCGUAACUAACUUAGUGUCAUGCGUAACCAUUUUAAAUUUGACUGCACUUACAAAGUGUUAUAUAAUCUUUAGUGUGUAUAUUAUAAUAUCAUAUUCGAUAUAUAGUGCCGGAAACGGAAGUGUGAAUUUCAAAUUUCGAACGUUGAAUUGUGGUGUUGCUAUCACGGAGUUGUGUCGGAUGUUAGGGUUGCCGAGUUUUGAAGAUUUAGGCGGUUUAAGUAAGUUAGUCGAUUGUGAUUAUAAUUCGCGAUCUUGUGAAACUAUGAGCGGGCGUGCGUUAAUACGUAGAUUUAGUAAUAAGAAAGUGCGUGUUCAAGAACUUUACGUUAUUCCGCUUAAUUCCAGUACUGAUUUUGUAAGAUUUAAUUUUAAUACGUCACAAUUAGUAUAUAAUUUUAUUGUAAAUUUAAUUUCAAAUGUAUUUAUUUGUAAUUUUAAGCUUUUUAGGCACAGUAUUAUUUCUGUGGUUACGAGAGAGGUGUGUGUUCAAGAUAGGAAACUUAAGGUAAGCGUGAAAAGGUCGGACGCCGUGUAUUUGACUCGCGGAGCGCUAAAAUGUCGCCCGAGUUACAAUGACGUUUGUCAGAUGGAGGUUAGAAAGCGCCAUUCUAGCGGCCCGACCAGCCAUUUUGAAUUUCCAAUAGUUUUAAGAAUAAUGAUCUGUUUACCUGUGAUUUCGUACGUUUAUUAUAAUUUUAUUAUCAUUAAAAAUGUGAUUCCUAAGAUAGGUUUAAAGUUUUUACAUACAUCUGUGAUUGUGAUGCCAUUUAAUUUAAUAUUUUACCCCUUAAGCGGUUUUUAUAUUAGUUUAGGUUCCAAAAAUAGUUAUUUGAAACGAACGUUUAAUAAAAAACGUUCGCAGCUUUUGUGAUGAUUAUUUUAUUUAGUUUUAUUGAUGAUGUGGUAAUGAUUCAUGUAUGUAUGUAUGUGUCCCUUGAUCCCAAAACCCAGUCCCAAAUUAGUCAACUAAUCAUCUAUACUUAGUAAUAAAUCGGUGUUAAUUGUCUGUAUCUCAUAUUUAAUAACUAUUUAAGGUUAAAAACUGCAUCACUAUAUAGAUGCCAGGUUAACUAUUAGUAAUAAGUUUUUAGGCACUGCCGAAUAAUUGGCGUGCUUGAUCAGACUGACUAAAAACAAUUUAGUCAGCCAAUAAACACAAUCUGACUUAGAUAGACAACAAAUAAUACGACUUAAAACAUUGUGGUCUUAUUAGUCUAUGGCAAUUAAUUAAAGACUGCAAUCGAAAUUUAGAUUUAGUCAACUGUAUCACUUUAUACUUUUUUAGUCAAACAAUAAAGUUGUAUACCCGUAUACAUAAAUGUAAAUCAUUUUUGUAUCACAGUCUGUCUGUCUGUCGUUUCUGUAUAAAAUAACGACAGACUUAAAGACAUCUAAAAGUUAAGUUUCGAUUAAAAAUACGGUGGCUAGUCACUUUUAGCCACCCGACAAAGUUUUAGUCGACUGAAGACAAUUAACAAUAGUCAGGAAUGAAUGAAUCAUUAUCAAUUAUCAAGUUAUUUAAUAAAUUAUAUUAUUUAAAUAGUUUCUGAAACGACUGAUUUAUUUACAAUUUUUCUCAUUGAAUGAGAUGAUUUUUUAUUUUAUUAUUUUGUAUGCAGCGUAGCUGUGUACUUGUCUCUCUAUUUAUUCUUAUUCGCAAGCCUUUUGUGGGGUUAAUUUUAAUAUUUUCGUUAAUUAAUAUCGAGUGGAAAUCUUUUAAAAUUAAAUUGUUGCAUAAAUUGCACAAAAAGUACCAUAAAAUUUCUUAUUAUUACCCAACUUGCCGUCAAUUUGCAAGUGUUGAAUAUCCAUUUUCUUACUUGCCUUUCUUAAAAAGCCGAAAAAUAAUUAACGAACGAAAAUAUUAAAUUAUUCCAACAAGGACCAGCUUAUUGAUUUGGGCUUUUUAAUUAAAUAAUACAAUCUGGACUAUUUAUAAUACUUUGGAAUUAAUAAAAAUUACAAGUAAAUAACUUUUACCUUGAUAUAAGCGCACAAAAACGUUCCUACUUUUAAAAGAUCAAACCUAAUUAGGUAAUCGAUGUUUUUAUAGUAAAUCUGCACACAUAAUAAGAAGAAAAUAAAUUUGCAUAAUGAAAAUAUUUACUAGACCGAGGAAUCCCACUGCUGAGCAAAAGAAAACUCAUCUUUCGUAUCUCUAUAGAGCCGUGAGUUAAACAUUUCUUUAUAAAAGAAUCCAAAUUACUAAUAUUUCAAUCAAAUUGAAUUUUAGUUUGUCAUACAAAAAAUAAAAUAAUAAAGUUAUUAUUUCAAGGUAUUGUGAUAGAAAAGAUUGUAUUAAAAAAAUGAUAUUUCGCCAAAAUUUGGUGCUAAAUCGUAUGCCAAAACGCUAUGGAUACACUUAACAAAUUCUCGAAUUUAAAAUGUUAAGAUAUCUAACUCUUAGCUUUGCUAAUUUAUUUAUUUCUUCUUACUCGAUAUUUAUUUAGAAUUACUAAAUGAGGGUAUAUACAAAUUAUGCCAUAUCUUGCCAAUAGUAUUUUUAUUAAAGUAUGAUGAAGUAAAUUUCUAAAUAAUUCUGGUCUGAUAUCCCACUGCUGGGAAACCACUUCAAGAGACUUUCCAUAACUAUAAAAAGGCCCCUUUAACUAAAUUUCUGAACAGUUAAAAAAAUACUGAAAUACCCUCAUUUUGUAUUCUAAAUAAAUAUUCAUUGACUAUUGUUGAAUCUCAUUUAAAUCGAAUUUAAUUACUAUUUAUUAAAAACAAAUUCAUUAACGAAUUCAAUUCUUAUGUAUAGCCAAAUAUCAUUCAUAGAUUGUAUCAAGGGAUUUAUUUAUAAGGAUCCCUGAAAAUCAAGGUACAAAACAGAUUUAAAAAGAUGUUAAGAUUAUAAAAAUAUUUAAAUACAUCUCUCUCUCUUUCUGAUGUUCAAAACAUGAAAAGGUAAGAUAAUUGAAUUUAUAUUAGUUCAUCCGAUUGUAAAUAAAUACUUGACACAACU